GUUCGCAGGUUCGGGGUCCACUUAAAAAUUAUCAAAAUUAAUAUCGCGACUUUGAGAAUAUCUAGAGUCAGUACAUAAUUACCAAUUGACUGGUAUACGCCUCGAUAAUAAGGUGUUACAACUAUUAGCAAGGAUCGGAAACGGCCGCGGUUGGUUAGAAAAGGAGAAAAAAAAGAAAAAGCAUCUAGUUCAGACAACAUUGGAUCGAGCGACACCUGCAUACUCCUAUCCCGCCUCUACCCACAGUAGUUCUCUCCCACCCAUGGCUUCAUGCUCUGUACGCAGGUAAGGUAGAUAAGUUGGUCGCAUAUUACGUAUGUUCGCAGGAUAAUCCAACCCUACCAUGCCAUCAACCCUAGAAACGCUCCUGCCAAAGUUCAAAGCCAGGCAGUUGAAGCAAUUAUCUUUCCUAUGCGGCGCCAAGACCUCGGGUCUGAAAUCCGAGUUCGUCGAGCGUCUGCUCUCGCUCGCCCAGCUUCCGGCACCCAGACGCCAGCCGUUGAUCCUAAGCAUAGACAUGGGAAUCCGCAACUUGGGGUAUAGUCUCUUAUCUCCCGCCGCCGCGACUUCGCCUCGGCGAAAAGGGAAGUCUGCGCCCCUGACGAGGGAAGCCGUGCGCAGUCCGCCGCGCGUCAAUCUACACGCCUGGCAGCGCCGCGAACUUUUUGACACAUCUCCGGACGACCCGGUCGACCCGGACCAGUACAGCCCGACGUCUCUGGCCAUUGCCGCGGACCGGCUAGUGCGGCGGGACUUGCUGCCCCUGAAACCGACGCAUAUCCUCAUCGAGCGGCAGCGAUGGCGCAGCGGUGGCGCGUCUACGGUUCUCGAGUGGACGCUCCGGGUCAACACGUUGGAGGCCAUGCUUCACGCAUCGUUGCGCACCUUGCGAGAGUUGGGGCAUUGGGAUGGAGAACUUAUAUCCGUGGCUCCUCCUAGCGUCACACGGUUCUGGCCGGCGCCAUCCAAGGAGGAUACUCCGAAGAAGCGUGCUCGAGCCAGCAAAACAAUGGAAAGCGAGGUGAAAGUGCGCAAGAAAUCCAACUCGAAGCAGACCAAGAAACAUAAGAUCGGCGUCUUGACCGGCUGGUUGAAGAGGGGACCUGAAGACCAAGUUAUCCUACCUGCAACUAGCGAUCUUGAGAGUGCUGUAGAGCAAUUCCGCCUGAGACUAAGUGGUAUCCGAAGGUCUCGGUCGCGCGACGCAGAAGAUGAUCCAGCACAAGCUUGGCCCCUAAAACUUGACGACCUGACAGAUUGUCUCUUGCAAGGCGUAACCUGGCUGAAGUGGGAGGAAAAUAGGGCGCUUCUACUUAAUGAAAAGAGAGUACUAGAACUCCUAGACUCAGAUAUCUUAGAUGAAGAAAUGGUCACACCACUCGAUGAUGUAUAGAAUAAGCGUUCAAUCGCAAUUGUAUAAAUAUCCACCUAUGUUCAAACCAAGGCCCAGGCCCUCGUCAAGACUACUCUCUCUCCAUUACCCUGCGCGCAACACAAUUCCAAGCAAAUCUGAGCCCGUGAAGAUUGGGGUAUAACAGGCCCAGACCAACAUCUAUCAAACUCUCCUCAACGAAACCCAUCGACUGCUUCUCGCCACAACCCCUCCGAUAGACCAUUUACAGGAAGAGAACACUAGUCAAUCCCGUAGCGAAAAGCGCAGCGGCAGCGUAGAGGAAGGGCUGGGGCUCGGUAGCCAUGCCAGCGUUACCGGUGGCAGCGGCAGAGCUGCUGCUGGAACUGCAAAAUAGUUGUUAGUAAAAGUAUGGAUUCAACAA